AUGGAGUUGGUGGCUGCACUGAAGGCACUCAAUGGAUCCAAUCUCGUUGAAUCUUUCGAACUAGGCGGAUUUGAGUGGGGAACAAAUAAGACAUCGCUGCCAUUAAGGGCAACAUGGUACAAGGGCUCAAUGUACGGUGCCUUCCGACGGGAAUUUCUGCACGAAGCAGUCAUGGGAACAGCCCUUGGCCCCAUUCUUGAUCUAAUGCUCAAACCGAAUUAUAUCAGACACCCAGACGAGUUCUUUUUCCCAACUCUCGCUUACAACAGCCAACUCCGCCUGCCUGGAGCUUGUCAUUUGGAAAGACUACGGUAUGACUUGUGCUACGAAACUGUGCCACACAUUUCUGCCAACAAAUUCCAUGCUGACUACCAACCAGAGGCAUACGAUGAGAUGGAGCAGUGGUAUUUCCAACGAGUCGCAGCUGAAAUAAUAUCAGGCUCUUACAACAGGACCACGUUUGAUCCAAAAGUUUACGCCGAACGUUUGUGUUCACGAAAUCACAUAUAG